AUGGACCAACUCGCCGGCCUCUCCUGGAGCUCGGCGUCUCCAACCACAAACAGCAGCAACAAACCCCCAGCACUUAAACCAACAGGAAUGUCGUCGUUCGCAACCACCACCACCAACAACAACAACCUCCCCCUCCGCCCCAGUCCGCUCUCCUCCCGCACGGCCUCGCCGGGCCUCGCUUCGCCGCCAGCGGGUGCGGCUUCGGAUAGCUUCGCGAACUUAGUGAGCUUCGGGCGGAGCAAGCAGGCGUCCGAGAACCUGUCGCUACAGGAGCAGCAGCGGAGGCUCCAGGAACAGCGCGCAAAGGAGGAGGAGGAGCGCAGGAAGAAGAUUGAUGCGGUAUUUGGCGGCGGGGAUGCGAGUGCUGGCUUCUGGGACUCUCUGGAGACGGGGAAAGGGGGCAUGCGCAGUCAUGCGACACCACCACCUCCUCCGCCCCUGGAUAAUGACGAUGAGGACAUUCUGGCGGCGUUUAGUGCGUCGGUACCGGUGGACAACAGCUCGCAUUAUCCGCCGCCGUCGCAGGUGUCAAACAGCUCUUAUAGUACGCCGAGGAGCGGGACUCCGCGGAAUGGGAUGGCGCCGUCGUCAGGCUCCCAUCUGCAGGAUUUGAUGGGUUCUACGAGUUUGGGCUACAAAUCGGCAGAGCCUAUAGAUCCAUUCGACAUUGAGAAUCUACCAAGUCGGGAUACACCCACUACUACUACUACAAAUAAUAACAAUACAGCCGACGAUGACUUUGACAUCCUGGGUGACCUCGCAAAGCCGGUUUCUGAGCUUCCCCCACGACGAAACCCUACACCCCCGCCGAAACCGCAAGUUGUGGAGCCACCGAGGAGCGCGGACCCAAGGGACCCGGUAAUUGCCGAGAUCAUGGAGAUGGGGUUUACAGCUGCCCAGGCCAGGAAGGCGCUUGUCGAGACCGAUUCCCUGGAUGUCCACAGGGCUGUCGGGUGGCUACUAGAAGAGGCGCACCGGAAGAGCCGGCCGGCGUCAUCGCAGCCAAUCUCGAGGUCUGUCUCUGAGCAGAGCCAGCGCGGGAGACGCAACGAUGAAGGCGGAAGGCGUAGAGAGGAAGGUAGGGAAGACUCAAGUGUACCUGCCUGGGCACGAGACCGGAGCCGAGAAUCGGGAGGUGAGAAGGACAUAGGUGCAUUGGCUCAGGAAAUCGGCGGCACUCUAUUUAAAUCGGCAAACAGCUUAUGGAACACGGGGAGAAAGAAGGUUGAGAAAGCAAUUGCCGAAUUCCAGACAGAGGGCUCAGGUGGGGAGGGGAGCGAUCCAAAUAUGCCAAAGUGGAUGCGGGACCAGCAAUUGGAGGCCAACACAACCCCCCCACGAACCCGGGAAGCCGGUGACAGGCCGCCAAGAAACAGGUUCGACGACGAGGACAUGAGGCCUGCACCGAGGGCUGCACAACGAGCACAGAAAGCCGCCCCAGAACCGGCAUUGACCGAAGAGGCAAUGAUGCUGGAAGCUGGCAGCGGGCCUCCACCCAGGAGAAAGCAGGAACGGGAGCGAGAGAGGGAAUCGUCUUCAUCGGUCCCACGAUCCUCCUCGGCCCUCUCAGAAAAGGAAAUGAUCCAGCGGCAACGCCAGCUCGCAUUCGAGCAGGCCAUCCGGGACAAGGAACGGGAGCUGCGAGAGCAAGAACGGAGGCAGCAGUCUUCAAGCAUCCCCAACAGCAGUGAACGGAACAAGAAGCUGACGCGCGAGGCCGUCGAAGAAGACAGCUCUGUGCAAUACGUAUCGAGAAACCGCCGCCGCCCACCGCCACCAAACGUGCCAUCGAACUCUAAGCCGGCCGCCCCAGAACCACCGCAGGGCGACCUGCUAUUCGGCGGCGGGCCAGCUCGGGAACAAUCACGCAACCCAUUCCACCAACAUCAGCAGCAACAUCAGCAGCAACAGCAGCAACAACCCCGAAGACCCGCCCCCCGCCGCUCUCCUGCCCCAGCACCAACUCCACCCCCUGCCCCACGACGCACCACCCCCCCCGCGCCGCCGUCCCCCUAUCUUCCGCCGCCGCCAACACCUCAACAGCCUCCCGCAAAGAAGGCACAGAAGCCUUCAAACGUGUCCGCCCUCACCAUCAUCGGCCCCGCCCGCGGCGAAGGCGAGACAAUCGCCAUCGACGGCGCCAACAAAGACAUGAAAGACUUCUGGGCCAAGACGAUAACACGCAAAGCCGAGGGCCUCGAGCAGCUCGAGAAGUGGGCCGACGCCGCCGCAACCUGGACCAUCGCCGUCGAAGCCGGUGUCGGCGGCGCUGUUGCCGCUGCUGGUCGACGCCGCUGCGAAGCGGCACUGAAGCCGAAGGCGCCGCCCAAGCCGAAACCUACAGCGCCGGUGCGGAGACCUGCGGCGGUGGCAAAGACGAUGGGGGAUGCGACGGCGGUGCGGGCGUUGCGGCAGGCGAAUGCUGCGGCGGAUAGGGUGGAGGAUGAGAAGCUUGCGCUGCACGAUAGUGUGGAGGCGCGGAUUGGCGCGUGGAAGGCGGGCAAGGAGGGGAAUCUGCGGGCGCUGCUGGGGAGCUUGGAUGUGGUGCUUUGGGAGGGGGCGGGGUGGAAGAAGGUCGGCAUGGGAGAGCUGUUGAUGCCGAAUAAGUGUAAGGUGGUAUAUAUGAAGGGGAUUGCGAAGGUGCAUCCUGAUAAGAUCUCGCAAGACGCAACGACGGAGCAGCGCAUGAUUAGUGCUGCGGUGUUUAGUCUUCUCAAUGAGGCGUGGGACGGGUUCAAAGCCGAGAAUGGACUGUAG